AUGGGGCAUGUAAGCGGCACUGCGUCAACUCAAUCGUCGGAAAAAGCUUCAGGAAAGGUAGAUAAGAUCCAAACUCUGUUUGUGCAGAACAUUCCUCCUAGGUAUCAUUGGAGUGGACUGAGACAAUUAUUCGGUAGGCAUGGAGAUGUUGUCAGCUCUUACAUAGCUAGGAAGAAUGACAGAUUGGGGAAGCGAUUUGGUUUUGUUAGAUUCUCAAAAAAAGAAGAUACAGAGAGAGCGAUGCAAAGACUCAAUGGAUUUUGGUUGUUCGGAUAUCGACUUUCAGUGAAGGAAGCAAGGUAUAGAGCAAAAAAUUCAAGCGGAGACUUGAAUAGUCCUGCCAAUUCCAAUACAGUCAUAAGGGUACCUAACGAUAAAAGUAUUGCGGAAGAAGUUUCUGAGACACUGACAAGAAGGAGGAGCAGGUCCAUACAAGGAGUUAUUGAUGAUGAGGUUGUUCGAAAGUUGCAGAAAUGCCUCGUAGGUACUAUGGCAACGGUAUGUUCUUCGACUCAGGUGGUUGACAGAUUACGUGUAGGGGGCUUGGGAGAGGUUAGGAUUAAGUUUAUGGGAGGAAGAGAUUUCCUUUUAGAAUUCGUGGACGAAGAGCUUUAUACGUUUAUGAAAGAGCAUAAUUGGUCAUUCUUACGGGAAGUUUUCCUGGAAGUUAAUCCUUGGACAGAAUCAUACAGAGCGUCUGAAAGGGUAACCUGGAUCAAAUUAAUAGGUGUGCCAUUACACUGUUGGAACCAUAACACGUUCAAAAGGAUUUCUGAGCUAUGGGGGGAAUGUUUGGCGAUGGGAGAAAAUGCUCUUCAGGAAUCGGGUUGUGAGGAGAUGACUAUCUUGAUAGCAACUAGAAGAAAGGAAUUGAUUGAUGAGGUGGUUGAUUUGGAGGCAGGAAGGGAUGUUUUUAAAAUAAGAGUUGUGGAACAGACUACUAGUAGAGGUGAUACGUGCAGUCACAAGAAAAAAAGCAAAAGUCAAUUUAGUCACCGAUGA